AUGCCUCGUCUUAUAAAACCACCGGUGAAAGCUGCCUGUCUACCAUGUCGAACAUCGAAAACACGUUGUGACGGCCAACAUCCCUGUGGCAGUUGCUCUGCCAGGAAAAGAGAGUGCAGUUAUCGACCCAGUCGCCGGGGAGGUCCUCGCAGAGGCGCGCGGUAUGAAGAGGCGCAACGACGACCAACUGGGGGCAACUCACUGUCAUCUUCAAUAUCAGAUGUUGCCGACGAAAUUGAACCAUUCCUUGAUAACAUGAUCAGUCUGGUAUCGCCAUUCGCUGGGAUUCACAAUCUCGAUCUCUCCCCGGAUUCUCUGUCAACUGUGGAUGGAGCCCACCAGUUCUGGGGUCAGCUCACACCACAUGAUGAUAGCUCAUUUGAUUCGGCCCCUGUGCACGAUGUGGGCUCAAUACGCGCCUAUCAAUCCGAAGUGGAAAUUGCCAAUGCCUACUAUAUCUAUAUUCAUCCAUAUUUACCUCUGUUGCCACCUCCUGUGGUACCGCAGCAUGAAGAUCACCCUACUGUGGUCAGGCCAUUUGGAGAAAGUUCUCAACCAGAAAAAUCCCAUAUGCCUUAUUGGCCGACAUCGUCUCUGAGUCUUGCUUUGUCCGCAAUUCUGGUCCUGAUACCUACCGCGGAAGAUACAUUUCCAAUGACUGAAACGAACGCUGCGCUUAGGCGGUCGUACGCGCAGCUAUUUGCCCAGGCGGCGCUAGCUGCUGUGGAAGCUGAGACGGACGAUUUGUCGCCUGCUUUGAGCACUAAUGUACCUGGGAUAGAAUCGUCCCGAGCACUAAGUGGUUUGCAUCCGCAAGUUCCAACUCAGCUUGAUCCGGUUCUGGCCCUCGUGGUACUUAGCAUUUAUGAGUAUUGCCAGCGUGGUAACGUAUCUAGAAUGCGGGCUCGAGGUAACCAGGCUAUCACAACGGCUAUGGAUAUCUCUAUUUAUAGUCUUGACUCGACGACGACAGAUUAUUCUGAGGCACAGAGACGAGCUUGGUGGAUGACAGUUAGUGAGAGAGACAUGAUAUUGUCGAGGCUGUUGCUCACUGGUUCUAUAGAUUUGGGUCACGUAUAUCCACCAAUUGUUUCCAUGACUGAUCCACGGAUAACUACGCCUUAUCCCAAAUUUGACGUUCAUCUGGAGCCAUGGCACAUGAAAAUGAAAGCACAAGAGGCUCUGUUUGAGUCUAGCAAAAUGGUCCAGAACAUCGAACGUGUGGAUGAGACAACCGAUCUCUCUGAUUUUGGCAACCGAAUACGCAAGCUGGAUUCCAAUCUUGUAUCUUUGGUAGGCGAAGCAGACCGCCAUCUUUUGACGACUUUCGAUGAAGGGUCAGAGGCAUCCGUAGCUCAAACCAUGUGGAUGGUCAGCCGCAUGUUGAUCCAUGCUGCUCGCACUCGGUUGCACCGCUUCCGGGCAUUCAUGGACAUCCCACUUUUUCUCGAUAAUUACUGCGAUCUUGCAGCAAUCAACAGCGAGGAUUUCCCGCAUCAAUCUGCUCCCAAGUGGGUGUCAGACCGCGAGGUCUCAUUCCCGUUCACCGAGCAAGAAUCCUCGAUUAUCUGCCUCAAGUCUUCGCUCGUGGUAACGACGAUAUAUCGCAAUUUGCCGUAUGCGAAUCCACUUGGAUCAGCAACUUCUUCUAAGUCCAGAACAUAUCCGAAAACCAUUCCUUACUUUGCUUGCUCGGCUAUGCAAAGCUGCUAUGGUCUUCUCAUGCUACUGCAUCGACUGCGUGCUUCUCUAUCGACGGGUCAGCUUUCAAAUUGUUAUCACCUGCUUAGUAAUCCCACUCCUGCGUCGGAGAUUGCUGAUGUUGAGAGAUUGAGUGAGGAGCUGCGACAUGGUGUCGAAAUCCUUGGCAGAUCUCUGAAAUCGGAUGUGAUUUUUGAGGGUGUUGGGGGUAUGGGCCAGGAAAUUGAGGGCGCUUACCUGGCUGCUUUUCCUGGUAGUUUUGGGAUCUAG